AUGAAGCCCAGGGCACUGUCGCAUGAACUGAGUGAGGGAUAUCCUGCUGAAGUUGUAGUUGACGAAGCGAGCAUGAAGCCAGCUUCAGUCAGUCACAACCCAUCAGCCUCUAUUGUGGAUAGCUCGCUGCAAAAGGAGUACCCCAACGAGGAGAAUCUACGCACCCUUCAUCGAGUCCCUGGAAAGAUCUCAUGGAUCACCUACACAAUUGCAUUCGUGGAACUAUGCGAGCGAUUCUCGUAUUAUGGAACCACGGCCAUCCGUGAGAGCCCAAGGACUCGACCUCUGCCUGCCCACGCCACUACCGGUGCGUUGGCGACUGGCACAAAUUUCAAUGAACAUGUUCCCGGUGCUUUGGGCAUGGGACAACGUACCUCAACCGCCCUGACUCUUUGUGCCUAUGUUGCGGAUCAAUACUGGGGUCGAUACCGCAUGAUCUUUGCCUCUCUCGCAGUAGCACUUGUGGGACAUGCGAUUUUGGUCAUCUCCGCCAUCUCCCGUGUUAUUGGAACCCCUAGAGGUGCUAUCGCUUGUUCUUCAAUUGGUCUGGUGGUCAUGGGCAUCGGAACUAGCGGAUUCAAAUACAACAUAUCCCCACUCAUUGCAGAGCAGUACCGUGAAGACAGGCCCUACAUUCGGGGUUUGCCCAGUAGGAAGCGUAUCAUUGUUGGUUCAGCUGCCACGAUCUCUCGGGUUUUCCUCUACUUCUACAUGAUGAUCAACGUUGGCUCCCUUCUUGGUCAGAUCGGCAUGGUCUAUGCAGAGCGCUAUGUUGGCUUCUGGCUAUCAUUCCUGCUCUCAUCAUUUAUGUUUUAUCAUCCUGCUCCCCAUCACGGACCGAUUUUUCUAUCCCGCUCGACGUCGCAUGAGGUUCGACUUUACUUCUUGAAGCGCAUCACGGCUGGCUUUUUUGUGGCGGGCUGCGCGAUGAUCUCAGCGACGGUGACUCAACAUUGCAUUUACAACGACGGACCGUAUGGUAAGGAUGUCAAUCACUGCUUGGAGGUGGAAGGGAAGCAUACCAAUAUUUCAGUUUGGGUGCAGACCGUACCCUACGUUCUGGGCGGUAUUUCCGAGAUCUUUGCCUCGGUUACGUCUCUUCAAUACGCAUUCACCAAAGCUCCGCAUAAUAUGAGGUCGCUUGUUGCAGCCGUUUCACUGUUCAUGACCGCCUUCUCCUCGGCAUUGGGUCAGGCUCUGGUGGCACUCUCCGAUGACCCGUUGUUGGAAUGGAACCAUGGCAUCACUGCAAUUCUGGCAUUUGUAGGAGGGCUGGGAUUCUGGUUUACUGAUCGUCAAACUGACAGUGAGGAGGAUGCACUGAACAUGCUACCAGAAAGUCAUUUUUCGGGCAAGGUGAAGGACGUGGAGGGGGCGAAAUAG